CACGGCUGUGCCGCGGGUGGGAUUGGAGCGCGUUUGUCGGGACAGCGAAUAAAGUUUUUUUUGCGAGGGAGAUCACGGAUGAGAAGAUGUCGGGCCGGUCGGUUAGAGCGGAGACUCGCAGUCGAGCCAAGGAUGACAUCAAAAAGGUCAUGGCAGCGAUAGAGAAAGUCCGAAAAUGGGAGAAGAAGUGGGUGACAGUGGGUGACACAUCACUACGGAUAUUUAAAUGGGUACCGGUGACUGAUCCCAAAGAGGACAUCCGAGCUCCCCGAAUGACUCAAUUGGAGAAGUCAAAAUCGAAGAACAAUCUUGAAUCAAAAGGCACAAAGGGAGAUAAAGGCUUCCCACUGCUGCCUGUGUCUGACAACAGUUCCUCUCCUGUUCUCUUGGAGCUAAAUGAUGAGACUAGUAAUCAGAGUUCCCUGUCAGAUGCUUACCAGGUAAAAGUGGACAGCAGUACAAAUUCAAGCCCCAGCCCAGAGCAAAGUGAGCCUGUCAGCCCAACACUUCUGUCUGAUUUUAAAGCGGAUGACUCUCAGCCUCCCAUGCUUGGCCAGGAAAUCAUGGAAGAACCUUCCCUUCCUUCCUCAGAAGUAGGAGAUGAUCCCCCAAUGCUCACAAAGGAAGAACUGGUUCCAUUGCAGCCUCAGGUCGUGGAAGAGGAGGAUGAUGAAUAUUCUGGGGCGCCACCACUGAAGAGGGUUUGCACAGGACAGAAUGCUGUGACUCAGCCAGUUACUGAGAGCUAACCCAGAAUCAAAGCUGGCGUUUCCAUGGUACCCUCUGACUUGCCAUCACUGACUGACUUAAAAGAAUGUGAUAUUUAUUUACUACUUUUAAUGGAUUGUGAUGCUUGUGAUUUAGGUGUCUGAAUUUAAAAUGUUUCUGUAUUGCAGGCUGAUGUCCCUUUUGUUAUGCAGCAGGAAUGGGUGUGGUGUGGCUUCACUGGGCCUUCCUAGUUGAAGACACUUUUAUAUUGAUAGUGUCAAAAGUAGCACUAAUAUAAAGGAAGUGUCCUGCUCACCUCUUAAAUGGGUCCAGCACCAGCCUUUUCCUGGGACAAGCAUACCCACUGGAAGAAAAGAUGGGCCUCUGUAUUGAUCCUUAACAGGGACCAGCUGCAAACUGGUACAGUGCAAAAAGAUGGAUUGAAGAUCCCAGUACCUGCUUGAGAGCUGCUCUUCUAGAGUCUCAGCAUCAAUAUGAAAGUGCCUUGAUACUGAAGUGCCUCUAAAUCUUCACCAAUAUUUAAGUGAGCUGACUGAAGACGGAUUUGUGUGCUGUCGAUUCUUGACUAUACAUACAUAUGCAGUCUUCAUCCUCGUUUUAUUCAUGAUAUAAAGUUAGACUCUGUCAUCUGCAUUCAAGGAAGGUACAACCGAGUGCAGUUUCUCACAAAAAUGCUAUUGAAGUUGUAUAGAAACUUUUUUAAAAUUAUAUUCCUGUGGCUCAUGAUUUUACUGAAUUUGCAUGAUGCAAAAAGCAUUUGAAAAUCUUCAAGCUGGUAUGGGUACCUUUGUAUUAGUUUCAGUGAUACUGAACUAAUGUUAAGUGCCCAUUAACCUGGACUUGCAUUUUCCUUUGGGGAGAGCCUACAGAUAAUUUAGAAAUUUAUUUUCUUGAAAAGAGAAUUUAAUCUCUUCUAUUUGUUCUUGUCAACAUUUAUGUCAUUACAUAUGCCUUUGCUGGGUGAGAUAAUGUAUGACAUACCAACUAGAGUUCUUGCUUAUGACUAUGCUAAUGGUGCAUAUGUAUGGAUGGCUUAAUAGGAUUGGUAUGGCAAUUCAAUCCCUCCACAUUUGACCAAUGUGUUGAUACUGAUUUUUUUUUGUCUAGGCCUGCAUGGCCAGGGUUGACUAAUUAAAGAGCUAGUACAAUAAAGGAGGAAUUGGAAUCUUUAACCUCCCAACUUUUCUAUCAAUACAGAUCACAUCCUUCAUUUUGUUCCCUAAAUCAAGCUGGCAGCCUGCAUCUGAAGCUGAUUUUAUUUAAAACAGAAUGGUUCCUAAUGGAAACAAAAUUAGAUUAAAUCCUAGUUCAGUUUUAUAACAGGUAAUACUAGAUCAACCAGUUAGGAAAACAUGAACAAACUAGCAGCUGUGAUUUAAUUGACAUAGCCAUGAUUCCAGUGUAUUAUACUGGUAAACAUAUCUUAGCAUUUCAGUUUUUUUUUUAAAUCUCACUGUUUACCAUCAAUUAUUAGCUGGGGUAUUGCUAAUACAUAAGUAUUUUGCAGAAGCACAUUAAGUUCAUAAAUGUAGGAUGAUUACUUGAGUGUGUACCAGAGGAAUAUUUGCAUCCAUGAUCCAUCACGGACCCCUCAAGAGUCAAUGUGUCUGGAAUCAAGAAAGUUUGCAAAAUAAAACUUCAGAUUUUAUUCAACCCCAUUAUGUGCUGUUCCCUAAAUGUUUUUUAUAUACAGUUUGCUUAUUGAUCCUUUUAACGAGGGCAAGAAAUUCAUUUUUAUAAGAACAAAAAAUUGCUAAAGAUACUCAGCAAGUCAGGCAUCACCUGUGGAGAAAGAUAUGAAGUUAACAUUUUAGAUUAAUGACCAUCCUGAUGAAUGUGCCAUUUUUAACAUCUUUGUAUUGCCCUCUUCAAUACCCAUCAUCAUGAUUUUAAAUCAUGGCCUUCCUAAUGGAGGCUUCUUCCUUGCAUGCUGCUCUUGUCAAAACCUUGCCCUUGGCAAACUACAUAAAAAUGCAUGUCCUCAUGGUACUUCCCCUGUCAGCUUCUGCAUCAAAGCCUGUAUGUGGUACUUGCAGCUAACCCAGGUAGCAGUGGUUUAAUUCUGAAUUGCUGUUGUACUCAUUCUAUUUUAAACUAUUUGUUUUGCAUCAGAUUCUCUAUUUUGAUCAUUCAACCCAUCUGCAAACAUUCUCACAUUGUCUCUCAACUUAACUAUAAUUUACCACCUUGAGAAAAUUGGAUAAUAGUUAAUUUCCAUUUCUGCUCGACUUUUUAAAAAAAAUACUCAAGUGAGAUUAUGAUUUUGUUUUUGAUUAGUGAUUGAAAGUUAAAAUCACUCCUAAUUGCCAAAAGUCCGCCUGUUUUGUCUUUUAACAUCUUUUGUGUUUGCUUCAGUAUCUUAUCUUUGUAUUUUAUUUGAUAUUUGCCUAGAUUUGGUGAUAGUUUCACCUGCUAUUGCUGCUUAUUCCUAACUUCCUAAUUUUUAAACUUGUGUUCACAGUGUGCUUCAUUAGUUACUUUUACAAUCUCAACUUUAAAAAGUAUUACAUUUUAUAUAAAAUGAAAAAUAUGGAUCUUUUAAUAGUUUUUGGUGUUCGUCAUAGUGGAGUUUCAAUAUUACUUGCUACUUUAAGUAGCAGAUCUUUUAACCAAUAGGUUAUCUUUCAGAAUCUAUGAAGAUGAGAGAUUUCCUAGUUACAGUAUGGACACCUUCCUUAUUUUUCAUGGAAGUGAAGCCAGGACAAUGUGAAAAAUGUUCAUAUUUUGUAUUUUCUGAUGAAAAUGCAUAGAUAUAUUUUUUGAAUAUAAAGAUUAAAUAGACUAAUCAAUUUGUAUGUUGAGUAUUUUUCUUUGUAAUUCCACUUAGUUUGCUUCAAAAUGCAUGGAAUGUUGCGCAAUGGAGCAGAAACCAGGGUUCCAGAGCAUUCAGACUUUGUUCGUGAAAAUGCUUGAAGAGCAACAGUUGAUGUUUUUCAUAGGGUAUAAUGGGUCGUUCCUUAUUUGGUAAUGCAAACUUCUCAAUUUGUAACUCAACCAUUUCAACUAGUAUCCGAUGAUGCCUAAAUAUAAGACUGAAUUCUAAAUGUGUGUCCAAAAAGCCUAGAUCAUUAUUAGAGCAGUGGAACAGUAAGGAUUGCUUAAAGUCUGUACACAUGCAUAGUUAUUGAUUAAUUCAUGACUCUCUAGACUUCUUUAAUUGUUUAAAUAGUAUUUUUUUUAAAACAUUUAUUUAAAAAAUCUUCGUUAUCUUUAUUGCAAAUAUUAUUUCUGAUGUUUUGUACCUCCCAAGUUUCACCACACAAUGAAGUGCAUUUUAACAAGUUAUCACACUUUAGUUGUGUGACAUUCCAAAGAAGUAUGAUUUGAAUUGUGUGUAUUGACUCUUGGGUGGAUCACAGUACUUUGAUUACACUUGUACCAUGGAGCACUUCACACAGAUGACUUGGGGAGCACUCAACAAAUGACAAGUUUGAUUCUAAUGCACAGCCCAAAAUCUAAAACAAUAGGUUUUCAUUUGUUUGGUUUAAGAUGAUGUUUUUCAUUUUUUUUAAAUUUCUUAACUUUUGAAAAGGUAAGCACCAACCUUGGUGAUUGGUACAGGCACAUAUGCAGUAUUAAGUAUUAAUGCAUUGCCAUUUUUGUACUUUGCAUUUUAAGGUAAGCAUCCAUGAAAAUUAAAUUCUGAUAUUUACAGGAGCACUCCAGGAUGGGUGAUCUUCUCUUACUGCCUUUACUGUGUUAAUGAUUGUAAAAUCUGUCUUCUGUUUGUGAAAAUAGACAGAAGCAAAUAACAUAAAUCACUGGUAUGUGCCUCAGUGAUGAAACUUCAUUUCAAGAUGCAAACCGUAAUGUCAAAAAAUACUUCAUACCUCAAAGGUUAAGUGUUGCCUUUCAAAUUGUAAAACUCGAGUUAUUAUUUAGGGGAUUGUUAUUCAAAAUGCCUGUGAAAAUAAAGUGGAAUGA